UAUAUUUAUAUUUAAACGUAUUGAGAUUCGUCAAAAACUUUUGUAACUAUUUAAGCAAAAAACAUUUUUAAUGAAUUAAUGAAAUCAGCCGAAAAUUCAUUUAUAUUUUCGAGCGUUCACCGGCAAAACAGUUGCCUCUCUGACAUUACAACAAUGGCGGAAUACAAAACAUGCGCCAUGAUUUAAUUCCACUUUGUGUUUACUGUGGUUAGUUUUAAUUACGUCUUUGGAAAAACAAGAAACACAAAAAUUUGAAAAAAACGUGACUUAAGUGUUUGUGAGUUUGUUUCGCUGUGAUAAUAUCGUUUGAUAAUAAAUGUCCGCCUGGGGACCCGGUUCCCAAACACUGCGGUGCUUCGUUUUGGGACGCUAAUUUUGAAAACGGGGUUGCAAAAGAUCGAAAAUGUGAUACGAUAGGAGCGAAGUUAUGAGACAAGGCCGUGCGAACUCGAGGAAGUCUAAAUGCCAUAGCCGGCGCGUAACGACCCCCACCACGCUGCCAGUCACCCUGGAGGACCCCGGCACGACCUGGAAGGGUCCACCGCCCGGGUCGGAGCCUCAGAGCUUCGGGAACGCCGGCGCCAAUUCCUUUUCCGGGCCUCCGGCGGGUUUUCAGGGACCAUCGCCGUUCCAGCAGGGUCCACCGGGGGGCGCGGGGUCUCCAGCGGCGGCUGCAGGUCCGCCGUACCAGGGCGGCGGACCUCCGCCCGGUUCGACCACUCCGCAGUACACCGCGUCCCCGGCACCCAGCGGCUCAUCCACCCCUGGACCGGUCCCACCACAAAACGCCGGGUUUCCGCCUCCGCCGAACAAUGUCGGACCUCCCUACAAUGGACCCGGCCCGGGUCCCUUCGGGUCGCCAUCAGGUGGGGGACCGCCCUUUGGGCGACCCGGCUCGUCGGGUCCUCCGUUCGUGGGACCUGGCGGCAAUCCCCAUUUUCACAAUUUCGGACCCGGACCGGGCGGGUUCGGCAUGCACCCCGGCUCACCCUUCGGGCCCGGUCCUGGUCAUCCCAUGUCCGGUCCCAUGGAGCCCGGACACGGAAUGAUGACCCGGGGCAUGGGCGGGCCCAUCCCCGUCGAACAAGGAUCUCUUCCCGUUCCUAGGCGGCACACACCAUAUUUCGGGCAACCUGAUUACAGGAUGUACGAACUCAAUAAGAGGCUCCAACAGCGGACAGAGGACAGUGAUAAUCUAUGGUGGGAUGCUUUCGCCACGGAGUUUUUCGAAGACGACGCCUCCCUGACGUUAGCGUUUUGCUUAGAGGACGGCCCGAAACGAUAUACUAUCGGCAGGACGCUAAUUCCGCGAUACUUUAGGAGUAUAUUCGAAGGUGGAGUGACCGAACUGUAUUAUAAUAUGAAGCAUCCAAAAGAGUCCUUCCACAACACUAGUAUUACGCUAGACUGUGAUCAGUGCACUAUGAUUACGCAUCAUGGUAAACCGCUAUUUACCAAGGUAUGUACAGAAGGCCGCCUAAUCCUAGAGUUCACGUUCGACGAUCUGAUGAGGAUAAAGUCGUGGCAUUUCGCGGUACGGACGCAUCGGGAGCUGAUACCUCGGUCGGUAGUCGGCAUGCACGCCCAGCAAGAUCCCAGCAUGCUGGACCAGCUUUCGAAAAACAUCACACGACAGGGCAUCACCAAUUCUACGUUAAAUUAUUUAAGGCUAUGUGUGAUCCUAGAGCCGAUGCAGGAACUAAUGUCGAGGAACAAAGCGUACGCGCUUAGUCCCCGCGAUUGUCUAAAAACCACCCUAUUUCAGAAGUGGCAGAGGAUCAUCGCCCCGCCUGGUACGAGAGUAGAAUCCCAGAGGCCGGCGAAUAAGCGGAGAAAACGCAAAGGCUCGAAUUCUGGCGGGGCUGCCAACAACGCGACCCCAGCGCCCAACAAAAAACGGUCUCCAGGUCCGAAUUUUUCCCUGGCGUCGCAGGACGUGAUGGUAGUGGGUGAACCCUCUCUGAUGGGCGGCGAGUUCGGCGACGAGGAUGAACGGCUGAUCACCCGAUUGGAGAACACACAGUACGACGCGGCCAACUCAUUAGAUCAUGAGAACCACGGGGGGUUCCACACUGCCGACUCGCCCAUGGCGGGUUCCAACUCGUGGGGCGCGCCCACCCCCGCCGCGAACGACAGAGGCGGCGUGGCUGGCCCGCCUCAGGGCUCGACCCCUUCUAAUCAGGACUCUGAUAAAAAAUCUCCGGCAGUGAGUCAGUGAUGACAAAGGACCAGCCAUAGUCUCAACUUUUUCUUCUUUUCUACUAGGUAGAAUGAAACGUGAAAGUUUUUUGUUUGUUUUUUUUUUGUUUGAAGGAAUCUCCCCAGUCAGUAUUUCAAGCCAGUGGACUUUUUAACUAAAAAGUAUAAAAAUCUCUAUUGUUUUUUAAAUACCGGUACUUACAAAUAAACAUUCGAUAAACCAAGUGCAAGAGUAACGAGAGUGACGAUGUUGGUGAUGUUAAAUUAGUUGGAAAUUAGGUGAAACGAAGAGAGAGUGUUUUUUUUACAGUUUCGCAGUGCUUCAGUGCAGUCAGUGAUAAAAUGAUAGAUGGUUUAUUUGCGGGUUCAGAAGAUGGCUCCUAUUCAUGGGUUUUAUUUGAAAAAUAUUAAAUUUUGCCUGUAAUUCUCAAACAAAAUAUGUGUUCAUUACAUUUUGGUAAUUAAUAAAGUUAAUUUUCACUGGCAUUUGUCAGUCUCUCCGAUAAAAUGGGCAAAUUAUUUAUUAAUUUUUAUGGCUGAAUUAUGCGUUAUGUAAAUGGCGAUGUUGCGUAACAUAUCUAUCAAAUGUAUUGUUUAAAAUGUGCUGGUUAUCAUUUUUGAACAGUUAAGGGGGGGUAAAUAAAAAUUGAACAUGUAUAUUUUACACAUUGUACAUAAUAAUUGUUUAAAAUAAUUAUGAAACUAUUUCAUAAGAAAAAUUCACCAACUUGAGGUUAUUAUUAUUAUUAUUAUUAUUAUUAUUUAAUAAUAACUCAGUAUGUUGGUGCUAAAAGUCACCUAGGUUUCAAUAAAUUCUCGUGAAAACUAUAACUGUAGGUCAAUGAAGAAGAGAAACAUUAAUAAUUAUUAAUUAAUUAUUAAUUAAUAGUAUAUUAAUUGCUUUACUGACUUCAUAUUAUUUUAUUUUUAUAGUAAUUUUGUUGCAAUGUGUUAUUUGUUUGGGGAUCUAAUCAACAAUUCUACUUCAGAAAAGUUAACCAGCCAUUUAAUAUUUUUGAAUCCGUGAUAUAUUAUGGUACUCCAUUUUUAUGCCUAUCGGGUGUUUAUUUUUACCAAAAAUAUAACGAAACCGUCAUUAUGUCGUCUUCUGGACCAUAACUUGCACCGGAACAGUGCAAUCCGACUUUUAUUUAUUCGAUGAUAAUAGGACGUUUGCUUAGAAAACGAGUGGAUUAAAUAUUAUUUUAUAAACGGAUGAUGGCAGCUCGAUUUUUUGUAUAGUAGCGUAAAAUGAAAACAAAGCAUCACAAUUUUUGUCGUCGUUGUCGUCAGGUUUUUGGAACGUCGAUCCUCCCCGGUAACUCGUAUUGGGACUGUAACUAUGACUACAAAUAUCUAAUCAUUUACAACCGGUAUAGUUGAUAGUGCAAUAUUACAUAUAAAUUGUUUUAAUGGGUAAAAAUGAAUUAUAGACAUUAAAAAUUGCAUCUGACCUGUUUCGUCUCAUAAUUCUAUCACUUCCUUCCUUCCUGCAGUCAAUUGACGCACAAUACAAUACACAAUCAGUCCCAUGAAGAACAUUUUUGAGAUAAUCCCACAACCUGCAAUUAGACUCGCUUGACUUUUGCUACUAAUUAGUUAAUCAAAAUUUUGACAAAUGAGGUAACAGAAUGGUUGAUACUUGUAUUUUUUAUUUUUUAUCUUGGUUUAAAUGUUACUAUGUUCAUAGUUUACUUAAUAUUACAUUGCAUCAUGUAUUAGGGUUGAUAGGAUUUUUUUUUUGGAAAAUAAUUUUGUUCAGUUGCAAUUUCCUGUCAAAAUUACAGUCCCGAUGCGUCCAGAGAUUGGGGAAUCUCGGAAAAUUUUCUGUUUGUAUGGAACGUUUUGGGGAAACAAUAAUUUAAGUCCAAACUAAUAAUGUUCAGUAUAAUUAUGUGGGUGUCAAAACUUUCGCACACACGUAGCUAUGCUAUGGCAACAAAAAUUUUAUACACAGGUGAUAUAUAUCCUUGGGUUUUAUUGUAUCAUUAACAAAUAACACAUUUUUCCAAAAUGUUCCCCCUAAAAAUUUUGUAAUUGGGUGUCACAGUAUCUGUCAACGCUGGCACCUACGUCUUAGGAUCAAUUUUGUAUAGUGAAAAUAAAAACUUUAAAACAUAUAACAUACAUAAUAUAAAUAUUAUGUCCACUACAAGGAGUAUGUCGUGUUGAUUUUACAUACUAUUCAUGAUGUAUGUAUUUUGUAAGUGCGAGAGGGUGAAUGUGUUUCUUUUUUUUAUUUUUUUUUAGAACUUUUUUAAGGUCACCUUACUUGGAUUUUGGAUAAAAGUGGUUGUAUUUCAGUGUAUAAUUUAUUACUUAUAGUUUAAAAAUAAAGUAAUAUCU